CUGAGGGAGCUGCGCGAGGCCAGCACCACCCCUGCAUUCUGCGAGGGGCCCUGCGGUGAGGGGCACGCACCCACGACAGGCUCCAGGAGGGGACAGGCUCCAGGAGGGGACAGGCUCCAGGAGGGCCGGCAGCACUGCCCGGCUCAGCACCCACCACCCUCCACUGGCAAAACGGGACCACGAGGCAGAAGAGGAGAGCAGUGCUUCGAGGCCGGCGAGUGCUGAGCACUGACCCACCCGGCUGUCCUACAGCCCCCCGCAUGCCUCUGCCCCCUUCUUCCUUGGCAGCGUCCUAAGGCUGCGCUCAGCAUGAAGGACUAUUUCCCCGUCUCAAUGCCCCGGUACAGUCGGUAUUCCCAGAGACUGAGAGCGUCGCGCACCGUGCGCUUCCCCAAUGACGUCGUCUUUCAGGACCACAUCAGGCAGGGGGACCUGGAGCAGGUGGGCAGGUUCAUACGUGCCAGGAAGGUCGCUCUGGACACCAUCUACCCUUCUGGCAUGGCAGCCCUCCACGAGGCUGUGCUCACCGGGAACUUGGACUGCGUCAAGCUCCUGGUUAAGUACGGUGCCGACAUCCACCAGAAGGAUGAGAACGGGUGGACGCCCCUGCACAUGGCCUGCAGCGACGGCUACGCUGACAUAGCCCGGUACCUCAUGUCCCUGGGGGCCAGCCCCGAGGCCACCACGGACGCCGGGGAGAAGCCCUCGGACCUCAUCGACCCCGAGUACAGCGAGCUGCUGCAGCUCUUCCAGGCCGCCACCAUGGACUGAGGCGGGCAGCGCGGCCGGGCAGCGGGGCUGCGGCCGGCCGGAGGCCGGAGCAUGGCCCGGGCUGGGCCCGGGCCGGGGCCGGAGUGCGCU